AUGGCAGCCCGUCUGUCAGGCGCUUGGGGCUGGGGGACCAAGCGAGCCAGGAGCUCUCUAUGCGACACGGAAGCUGAUGCCCCGGCUCUGACGCUAGCGCAACCUCGUCAGGGUGGGCGUUGGGCAAAGAUUGGGCCUUCAACAACUGCACACCGCACAGUCAAUGAAAGGUUAAGGGCGACGAACAAAAGACUGGAAGAAAAGCUAGCUAAUCACAAUGCUCAGGCGGAGGAGGCAUCAAGCAAAGUCCUUGAGGAGAACACUAAGCUGGUCAGUGCAUUGCAAGAGAAGGAAGACAAGGAAGCGGCUCUAGCAAGAACAGUCAGAAGCCUCAAGAGAAAAAAUCUGCUCCUUGCUCAAGGUCUAGCCAGUCAACCUCCACGAGCAACUCAAAUUAGGCAGAUUAGGGGUGGCCCCUCGGCUGGGGUCAAAACCAAGCUGGCAGCUCAAGUGCGGCAAUUCUUGACAAAGAGAUUUGCUUCAGUGGGAGCGAGGCAGCAAGCCCUGUAUGAGCACUUUCGGCGCAACCCAGCAGAUUUCAACCUAGUGCUCAACGCCAACAUAACACAGCCAGAGUUUGACGAGCUCUGCAAACUGAAUCCAGACUGGCUUCUCCCAGCUCAAAGUGAUGUGUUGGAUGAAAUCAGAGAUCAUUGGACUGAAGACCGCGCGCUCAAAAUGCAGAUCCACUGCAAAAUUGGGCACGGUCACAAGUGGCAGGACAUGAUUCACCUCCUGGGAAAGGAUUACAACGAGGCAACAAAGCACUGGGACAGGAAAGAGCUUUGUGGCAAGGGAAGUGGGCUGUUCAUACCGCUGCUGCCCUCGUGCAAGAGGGUGGACGCGCUGAGGAAGGAGAUCGCCGCCAUGAAUCCCUUGAUGCAGAACGAGGAUGGCAGCGCAGCGUGGCUGGAUCUCAGCAAACUGCUGAUUGAGGCAGUCGUGGAUGAGCGGGCGAUAGGGUUCCUGCAAGAAAGGAGGGACCUUUUGGAGGACUUCUUGAGGAUCCACUGGGGGGGAGACGCUGCUCAAUAUUACCGAAAGGUAAAAGUUUCCAAGAUAGGGUUCAGGAUUCUGACCCUGGAAAAGGUUAUUCUUCAGGCCCCUCAGCAAGCGCGCACCGUAGUGCAGUUUGAAGGCAAGGACGACUACGACCAGAAUGCCGAGUUUCUAGCUCCAAUCCUUCCAGUCAUGGAGCAGCUGAAGGAGGAGGGUCUGACAGUGGAAGGAACGCACUACACAGUGACGCAAAGUGUGGGGGGAGACAAUGUCUGGAUGUCAGAGGUUGCGGGCCACAGGGGGCAUUCCCACACCUGGGGGUGCUUCCUGUGCGAGUGCAUGCAACAAGACUUUGGGAAGGUGAUCACUGAUGAGACCGGCAGGCGGGUCCCCGUGAAAGCAGAGAAGCGCACGAUUGAGAGACUCGCUGCGGGGGCCCACAGGCCUUUGAAAACUGGACCGGAGGAAUCCUGCCCAUACUGCGGGGUAGCUUUCCCAGACCAAGAAACAGUCGAUGCCCUUCCCGCCCCCCAGAACAAAAACCAGGAACUCGUCUACCAAACCACUCACCACGGCGUGCGGUUCGGCAAACCCCCUCUCUUCAAAUUCCCCAUGGAGGAGUGGUACCUCUGCAUCCUCCACAAGCUCCUCCGGUGCGCCGCCAUCACGUUCCAGCGGACGGUGGAGGUCAACCUGGAAUUGAAGGAGAAGGUGGCAGCCAUCAACGAGGUCAUCAGGGACCUGAAGCUUGGGUGCAAGGAGGUGGUCAUUCGGACGAAGACGGUGGCGAGUGCCAAGGAUACUGAGCCUAUCAACUUCAUUGGAAGGGAAGCUGAGGUGACGCUGGAUCCAAGGGUUUACACUGCCUUCUGUACAAUCGCCAUUGACGACGAGGAGAAGCGGGCAGCAAACAUGCUGGUGUGGGCAAACCUGGCGGCACUGUACGACUACAUCCGCACCCCCCUCCCCAAUCCCCUGGUUGUAGAGCAGCGAGAGCAAAAAGGGGAAAGAGCGCAGGACAUGGCUGUGGCCUACGUCGAUUCAUUUGUUAGCGCAGUGGGGAUGGAUCUCGUUACCUUGUACAUGCACCACGGCAUGUGCCACUUUCCGGAGAUGAUCAAGCACGUCCCGCUCAACAUCAGCGACGUGAGCCAGCAGUGGUUGGAGGCCCUCCUGAAGCAGGGGAAAACGGAUGCAAAGUUGUUCACCAACAACCAACUGCGGAGCGAGACGAUGGACAAGGGCAGGCAGGCACAGAUUCUGGCAAAGGAGAGGGAGAGGGGCGCGCUGAAAAGGACGGUGCCCACACCUCUGACUCGCAACGAGAAGCGGCAUCUUGGGGGUUACGAACUCGCAAAGAAGGCAGCCAAGGACAGAGUCGACAGAGCAGUCAGGCGAGGACAGCUACCUGAUAGUCGGAGCAAAGCCCAGCUGGACAAAAAAAUCAGCGCACUUGAGCCCAAUUUGGGCUCUAUUGUAGCACGCUUUGUGGAAAUCAGAAGGCAGACAGCAGAAGCCAACAGGAUAGAUGCAAGGGAGUGGGCAGACAGCCAAGUACCUCGGAGCGCCGAGGCAAUGGUGGCAGGCGAGAGCGGUGCGCGCGGAGGCAGAGCUGCAGAUGGUGGUAUGGGGGCCGCCGCAGCAGGAGGCCUGGGGGACAUGGGCGCCGAGGUGGAGAGGGGCGCCGCAGCGACAGGGAGCGCUGCAGAUGGGCCAGCGCUGGCAGGAGACGGCGCAGGCAGGGGCGGAGCAGCAGGCGCGGGGGGAGGCAGAGGCAGAGGCAGAGGCGCUCCUGGCAGGGGGGGCAGGGGCGGGGGCAGGGGCAGAGGAGCCGGGGGGUUGACUGCGAGUGGAAGGGUCAUCCCUGCAUCAGCAAGAAGAAGGAAUUAG